CUUCCUCCUUUCCAAGCAGGAACCUUUGUGUGUUGCAGCUGGUGAGGGGGGAGGUUUUGCUCUAUCUUUUCAGUAUACAGGCUCUUUUUUAACAGACAACACUUCUUCUGUCCUCAAUACCCUACAGAUCUAUUUUUAUCUUAUUAUUUUAUUUUUUUUGUGUGGGAGUUACAAAUCUGCCUUUGCUUCUCGUUUUCCAUCACCUUUCUAAAAUCAUUUGAAUUUUGCCAGCAUCCAACUGAUAAGUAAUUUUUUUUUUAUCGCUUGACUUUUUUCUUUUUUUUUUUUCAUGAUUGAAUUAGUACUUUUUUUUACAAUUAUAAUGCACAGAAAAUUAUUUCUGUAUUAACGGCGCUUUAGAAUUAGGUUUAAAAAAAAAAAAUGCCAGAAAAGUAAACUUCAUUGUUACUAAGGUACCGCUAAACGAUAUGGCACUUUUUUUUACUUGAUUGGAUUUAGGUGCUGUUUUUUUUUAUUAUUAUAAAUGCUGCAGAAGAAAAUCAUAGCGUUGAAUGUUCUGGCAGAUCAUGUUUGACAGCAGAAUAGACAGAGGUUCUGACCUACUGGUAGUUCAACUUUCGCUGUUUCUGUAAAGUAGCCAAAUAUGUAUUUUUACUGUAGAGCGCACAGAACCGUUGCCAUGGACGUACAAUGGGACAUGGUAUACACGUUAUUUUUGUUCCUGUUUCUCUACGGCCACAUCAGUGUCAGCAUAGCCAGCCAAGAUGUUGAUGAAUGCGUGGAAGGAACAGACACAUGCCACAUAGAUGCCAUCUGCCAAAACACCCCUCGGUCAUACAAGUGCAUAUGCAAGUCUGGAUACACAGGGGAUGGGAAGCAUUGCAAAGAUGUAGAUGAAUGUGAACGGGAUGAUAAUGCAGGGUGUGUACACGAGUGUAUAAACAUACCUGGAAACUACAGGUGCACGUGUUAUGAUGGAUUUCGAUUGGCACACGAUGGACACAACUGUCUAGAUUUAGAUGAGUGUAUGGAAAGCAAUGGGGGCUGCCAGCAGAUAUGCAUCAAUAUGAUGGGGAGCUAUGAGUGUCGCUGCCGCGAUGGAUUCUUUUUAAGUGACAACCAACAUACAUGUAUUCAGCGACCAGAAGAAGGCUUCCUCUGCAUGAACAGGAACCAUGGAUGUGCACAUAUUUGCAGAGAAACUCCAAAGGGUGUGUCCUGUGAAUGUCGACCAGGCUUUGAAUUGACAGGAAACCAAAAAGACUGCAAAUUGACAUGUAACUAUGGAAAUGGUGGUUGUCAGCACACUUGUGAUGACACAGAUCAUGGACCCAGAUGUGGCUGCCAUGUUAAAUUUGUUUUGCACUCGGAUGGGAAAACCUGCAUAGGGGAGAGACGCUCCGAUCAGACUCCUAGCGCCCCGAUCUUAGCCAAUGAGACCUGCUCAGUGAAUAAUGGUGGUUGUGACAGCCGAUGCCAUGAUGCAGUAACAGGAGUACACUGCAGCUGUCCUAUGGGUUUCAUGCUACAAGCAGAUAGGAAGACUUGCAAAGAUAUUGAUGAAUGUCGUGUCAAUAAUGGCGGUUGUGAUCAUAACUGUCGCAAUUCAGUCGGUAGCUUUGAGUGCGGCUGCAAAAAAGGUUACAAACUGCUAAUUAAUGAAAGAGGCUGCCAAGAUAUUGACGAGUGCUCCUUUGACAGGACAUGUGAUCACAUCUGUGUCAACACACCUGGGAGCUUCCAGUGUUUGUGUCAAAAGGGCUAUGCAUUAUAUGGAGUUACUCACUGUGGAGAUAUAGAUGAAUGCAGCAUUAACAAAGGAGGCUGCAAAUAUGGUUGCAUCAAUAUACCAGGAGGCUUUGAGUGCACCUGUCCAGCUGGCUUUAAACUUCAUUGGAAUCAGAAAGACUGUGUAGAGCUGGUAAAAUGUAUGACGACUGGCAUGUCCUCCCGUGCGGCUAUGGUAUGUUCUCGAAGUGGAAAGAAAGACACCUGCUCUCUUACCUGUAGCUCCAAGACUUUGCUGCUGCCAGAGUCAGACAGUACUUACAUCUUCAGCUGUGGAUCUCCAGCACAUAAACCUGGACUCAACUCUAAACAGAAUACUAGCCAUCAUUGCACUGAAACUCUGGUGCCACCAAUAAAGCAGAGAGCAUCCUUCAAACUUAAAGAUUCCAGAUGUGGUCUGAGAGUGCGUGGCAGAUCAUCAAGAGGGGAGGAAAGCGCAAGACAUGGAAGUUCUCAUGCACCAUGCUCAGACUGUCAACUAACAUAUAUUCAGUUGAAAUGUCACUCUCUGUGGAGGAAUAAAGGCCGUAGCACUCGCUCUUCUCCCAAUAAAGAAGUUACCAGGAUCUCGUUGGAAUUGGAAGCUGAAGUCAAAGUGGAGGAGGCCACAACAAGUUGUUCACUGACAUGCCUCCGCCAACGACUGGAACGCAAGAUUAAAUCCAUACUGAAAUCUUUGAGGAAAUCUAUUAAUCAAGAAAGAUUUGUGAUACGUUUAGCAUCUGUAGAAUAUGAGGUAGCACAGAAGGGUGGCACAGCAACUGAAAGGGGAGAAAACUGCACUCCAGGACAUCACAAAAUGUGGGGAAAAUGUGCUAGCUGCCCUCCUGGCACAUAUUACAAUGGUCAACUGGAUCAGUGUCAAACAUGUCCACAUGGGACUUUCCAGGAAAAAGAAGGGCAACUGUUAUGUGACCUGUGCCCAGGGCCAGAAGCCAGUGGACCACCAGGAGCCAUUAAUAUUACAGCUUGUACUGGUCAGUGCCUUUCAGGCCAAUUCUCUACAGAUGGCUAUCGACCUUGUCAAUUGUGUCCACGUGGUAUGUACCAACCAGAAGCUGGGCGCAUGCAAUGCAUAUCUUGUGGAGGAGGACUGAGCACUAGACAUGAAGGAGCUGUAUCUUUCCAAGACUGUGAAGCUAAGGUCCAGUGCUCACCAGGCCAUUACUAUAACACAACUCUACAUCGCUGCAUUCGCUGUACGAUUGGCUUUUAUCAGCCUGAAUUCCGGCAGAACUUCUGUAUUGCAUGUCCUGGAAACUCCAGCACGGACUUCGAUGGCUCCACCAGUGCCGCCCAGUGCAAGAACCGGCAUUGUGGAGGGGAACUGGGGGAUUACACUGGUUUUCUAGAGUCACCAAAUUAUCCAGGAAACUACCCUUCUAGUGUUGAAUGUACAUGGAACAUCAAUCCGCCCCCCAAACGUAAAAUUCUGCUGGUGGUACCUGAGAUUUUUCUGCCCUCUGAAGAUGAGUGUGGAGAUGUACUGGUCAUGCGCAAAAAUGCUUCACCUUCUUCUAUCACCACCUAUGAAACUUGUCAGACAUAUGAGCGGCCUAUUGCCUUCACAGCACGAUCACGCAAGCUUUGGGUACACUUUAAAAGUAAUGAGGUCAAUGGUGCCCGUGGUUUCCAAGUGCCUUAUGUCACAUAUGAUGAGGACUAUGAACAGCUAGUGGAAGACAUUGUGAGAGAUGGGAGACUAUAUUCUUCUGAAAAUCACCAGGAAAUUCUGAAGGAUAAAAAGCUGAUUAAGGCUUUUUUUGAGGUCCUUGCACACCCUCAAAACUAUUUCAAAUACGUAGAGAAAUAUAGGAUGAUGUUACCACGAUCCUUCAUCAGACUUCUGCACUCCAAAGUAUCUGCCUUUUUGCGACCGUAUAAGUAAUAUGAACUGGAUUAUGGACUGUAAAGCAAAUGCACAAGCACAUUGUAUGUGCAGAGGGCCACAUUCAUAUCACAAUCAGCAAAAUGCACAAGAACACCUACAAUAUGACUAAACAUAUUGAUAGAAUUUGCCAGCAUAUGAUGUAAUAAGAUUUAUGCAUUUUAAAUAAGUGUGUGUCCUUUUGAAGAGGUUAGGAUAGUAUAUGAGGUUAGGAUAGUAUAGAAAGACAUUACACUUACCAGCAGCGUCCUCAUAUGCUAUGUAUUAUUGACUGUGGCCAAAUGUGAUCACAAAACGUUCAUGGGCACACCUAUCAUUGUAGAAUGGACAUCUUGAACGAUACUAGUUUGGGAAACACCUUAAGGGUACAGAUUUGUAAUGUUUUUGGACAACCUCUGAACGAAAAGACUAUUCUAGUAAUUUCUCCAUAUUUUUCUUUUAACAACAAACUCCUUUAAUUGUUUUCUAAAAAAAUGAUCUCACGCGAUCCACUGUAUAAACAUAUUGAAUGUACAAAUUGAUAAAUGCCUUAAGACUGUUACAGGAUGCAGACAUUUGUAAAAACCCUUUACAAGUUUAAAAGUCAUGAGACAACAUUUUUGUUAUGGUAUCUGUAGAUAGGGGGGUGUCUCCCUGAAAGAAACAAACCAUCAUAAAACCUGCCGGGACCUGCUGUGAUGUACCUCGCGCCUUUGUUGAUGUAAAGAUGGGGUGCCCCUAUGGAAAUGAAAAAUAAUUAAGCCUAAAGCAGAGAUUUUUUCAGCAAACAUAAAAAUCACUACAUGCAAUAAGUGUUUCCAAUGUUCGGAUGAGCACUAUCCUCUAAAGAAAAGUCCUAUGCAGCCCAAUCCUCACCCUAAUCGUCACAGGCGAUACUUGAAGGACGCUUUAUAUGGUCACCCCUGCAUGUGUCUUCCUCUUGUGGUUGCCCUUAAUAGACUUAAGCCAUUGAAUAAAAUGGGUAGUAAAAAAACUGGUACAGUCUAAAGCCUAAGGUGUGUACAAAUGUUAGCAUUCUCAUUGUGUUCCAAGCUUUUAUUGCAAUUAUUGAGGAGAACAAUUACUGCAACCUGCCUCAGCAGGGCAUUUGCCUAGCGAGAAAUUGAAUAAAUAAAUGUAAGCUUUGAUACAAUAUUGUGAAAAGAUGGAAACAAUGCAGUGUACACUCAGACUGGGGAUCUGGAAUUGGCCAUAAGGGUUGGUAUAUUGGACAAAAUCGAAAUGCUAAUGUGAGUUUCUGAAGGCUGCUCAGCUUCAAUUAACACUGUUUGAACCUGAACUCCAGAUUGAUAGUAACAAAUGAAUGCAGCUCUGUAAUUAUUAACACAGUAUUAUUGUUUAAUGCAAACAGUGUAAAUAUCUGAACUUGGUAACAGCCUCUUUAAGUCUACUCUACAGUCUGUGUAGCAGAGCUCAAAGAUGGGGAGAGAGAAGCAGCCCAAAGAACCAAGUAGUGCAUGAAACAUGCUAAUAGGAGGAGAGAGAGCAGAGAGCUGCUUCUACUUUCACUAUCCAGCCACAGGGCACCUAAAAAUGGAAAUCCAGCAGAGAAAGAUACGUUCCCAUGCUAGGCAGGAUUGUGCUCUUUAAAAUCUCAGGACUGGGUAGACAGAAAUUCAAAUUCUCUGGCAGGUAAAACGGCUCCCUUAUAUGUAUUUCAUCCGUAGUUGGCUGUUUGCCUGGAGUUCAGCUUUAUAUAAAGUAUCAGAACUCACUACAUUGCAAUUUCUGCUCAUGUCUCUUUUUUUUGUUUAGGAAGUGUAGCCAGUACAUAAACAUUAGUGCCCCAGUUAACUUACACUAAUGUGGGCUGGUGUGCUUUAUAUGCCAGGGGUUCUUUUUGGGCCCCGUUUGGCACUUGUCACGCAGUUGCCUUAUAUAUGCACCUCUUCUUUUGCUGAAAAUUCAAGGACCCUACCCACUGUUGGUUUGUAUUAGCAAUGUAAAAAUACUGAGUGUGAUCUCUUCUUUGAAACUGUCAUAGUGCAGCUUGUCUUUGUGCCUGUAUUUCUGCAGUGUUAGAGGUACUAAGAGGUUAUACUGUUACAUUUCUUGCAUUACCUUUAUGCAUACAUCAGCUGAGAUUAAUAAAGUUUACUGACUAUGGCGAUAUGGUAAGUAUUGGUGGAUUAACUGGUUAAAUGCUACUAUGUCACUAAAUGAAGAUGCCACGAGGAGAGAAAGAUAAAUGUAAUAUGUACAGAGAGUUUAGCUUUCACAUAGAUUUUUUGAGUGACAAAUCGCCUACAUUUUCUCCUGUCACUAAUGAUGACUGUCUUAAAUUUCUUUUGCAAAAAUAAACUUGUUUGCACUUAAUAACAAAACAAAA